AUGAGUAUGAUAGGAGAGUUAAACUUCGUUCUCGGAUUGCAAAUCAAGCAAACUGAAGAAGGAAUCAUGAUCCAUCAACAAAAAUAUAUCAAGGAACUGAUCAAGAAAUACAAGAUGGAAAAUGCAAAAACCAAUAAGACUCCUAUGGGUAUUGGAACUAGAUUGGAUGAAGAUCCAACUAGAACUUGCAUAGACCAAACUAUGUAUAGAGGUAUGAUUGGCUCUUUACUUUAUUUGACAGCAAGUAGACCUGACAUAUCUUUUAGUGUAGGUCUAUGUGCCAGAUUUCAAGCAAAUCCAAAGGAAUCUCACCUCGUAGCAGUAAAGAGAAUUCUUCGUUACUUAAAAAGAACUGAUGACUUGAGUCUCUUCUAUCCUAGAAGUGACUCAUUUGAAAUAAAUAGCUUUACUGAUGCUGACUAUGUAGGUGACUUGGUUAACAGAAAAAGUACUUCAGGUAUGGUUCAGUUCUUAGGACCUUGUCUAGUUUCUUGGGGUUCCAAGAAGCAAAAUACUGUUGCAUUGUCCACAGUUGAAGCUGAGUAUGUGGCAGCAGCAGCAUGUUGA